AUGGCCCCUUCACAAACUCAAGACGAGCCUUCCACUCAAAAGAGCUCUGAUCUCUUGGAGCAUUCCAAAGAAGAGUCUGUCCUGACAGAAAAGGACCGCAAAGAACUCGCUUUCACAGACAAGCACAGCUCGCCUGAUGUGUACAUCAACUGUAACAAAGAUACGCUUUGGCAUCCUUGGGUGGGAACCCUCGAGUUGAAGCCCCUCCGUUUCGAGACUAGAUCUGGCAGCUGGGUUAUUUCCUUGAGAACACCCGUGGAUUGCUGGCUCGGAAAGCACAGACAUCGCGGCACGGUGACGGCUGUUACACUCUCUGGUAACUGGAGAUACAAAGAGUACGACUGGGUGGCAGGACCUGGUGACUAUGUUGUCGAAAACCCCGGUACAAUCCACACACUCUUCAUGGGCGCUGGAUCAGAGGUUGUCUUUACAAUCACUGGUAGUCUGGAGUUCUUCAACGAUGACGAUAGUCUGCGGGAGACGAUGGAUAUCUUUACUUUCUCGAAGAUGUAUUAUGAUCACUGCGAGGAAAAGGGAAUCGAGCCCAAUGAGAAGUUAUGGUACUAG